AUGGACGAGCUCUUUGAUGUUUUCGACGAGCCGCCCAAGCAGGCAGCCGAUGCCGUAGACACUCAGGCCGGCGCCGAGCCUGCACAACCCGCCACGACCUCCCCAUCUGCAAGGUCGAAGUCGUCAAGAAGGGAAAAGACGGAAAAGAAGAAGGAUAAGAGCAAGAAGCGAAAAGCGGAUGGCCAUAUCAAGAAUGGAACGUCUAACGACGCAGACGUCGAGAUGGCCGACGGCGAAGUGCCCUCGAACGAUGACGAGGAUGGCGAGGAGGAGGGACAAAGCCCAGCGGAGAGCGCAAACAAUCCCCAGGACCCUAAGCGACGGAAGAAGGAGAGCGAGGCCGACCCCGUAAUGGCAGACACAUUCACCACUGCCGAGUCGAGAGAGGUCGCCGCGGCUGAAGGUUUUGCGCCGGCAAAGGGGGAGGAGGCGGACAAAGCCCUGACCAUUGCACACAACAUCCAACAUCAGGUCGCCCUGCCGCCAGAUCUGGACUACGAAUACGUUCCCCUGUCAAGUCAUAAGCCACCCUCGGAGCCCGCGCGAACCUACAGCUUCAAGCUCGAUCCGUUCCAAAGCUUGUCCGUGGCUUCGAUCCAAAGAGACGAGUCUGUCCUCGUCUCAGCUCAUACCAGUGCAGGAAAGACAGUGGUUGCUGAAUAUGCAAUUGCUCAAUGUUUGAAGAACAAACAGAGAGUGAUCUACACGAGUCCCAUCAAGGCGCUGAGCAACCAGAAGUACCGAGACUUCCAGGGUGACUUCGGAGACGUGGGACUGAUGACAGGAGAUGUUACCAUCAACCCGACUGCGAGUUGCCUGGUUAUGACAACCGAAAUUCUGCGGUCCAUGUUGUACCGUGGCUCUGAGAUCAUGCGCGAGGUGGCGUGGGUUGUAUUUGACGAGAUCCACUAUCUCCGAGACAAGAGUCGUGGUGUGGUCUGGGAGGAAACCAUCAUUUUGCUGCCAGACAAGGUCCGAUAUGUGUUCUUGUCUGCGACAAUUCCCAAUGCUUUCCAGUUCGCGGAGUGGAUCGCAAAAAUACACCGUCAAGCAUGUCACGUCGUGUACACCGACUUCCGACCAACGCCUCUGCAGAACUACUUUUUCCCAGCCGGCGGCGAGGGCAUCUUCCUUGUCGUUGACGAGAAGAGCAACUUUAAGGAGAACAACUUCAACAAAGCCAUGGCUCUUAUCGAACAGAAGAAGGGCGCGGAUCCUGCUGAUCCUAACGCCCAAAUGAAGGGAAGAGGGCGGAACAAGAAAACGAACAAGGGCGGCAAGUCUGACUCGCAGUCAGAUAUCUCCAAGAUCAUCAAGAUGAUCAUGAAGAGGUCUUUCCACCCUGUCAUCGUCUUUAACUUUAGCAAGCGGGAUUGUGAGGCAAUGGCGCUUGCCAUCUCACACAUGACAUUCAACAAUGCAUCUGAAAAGCAAUUGGUUAGAGAGGUGUUCCACAGCGCCAUCAACCAGUUGGCCGAGGAGGACCGGACUCUUCCACAAAUCACCCACAUUCUGCCCCUUUUGGAGAAGGGCAUUGGUGUCCAUCACUCUGGCCUCCUGCCUAUCCUGAAGGAAACCAUCGAAAUUUUGUUCCAGGAGGGUUUGAUCAAGGCGCUCUUCGCUACCGAGACUUUUUCCAUCGGCUUGAACAUGCCGGCCAGAACAGUUGUUUUCACGUCAGUUAUGAAGUUCGACGGAGUGCGACAACGCCCUCUGACAACUGGUGAGUACAUCCAAAUGUCGGGUCGUGCCGGACGUCGAGGUCUCGAUGAUCGCGGUAUUGUCAUCAUGAUGAUUGAUGACAAGCUCGAACCGGAGACGGCAAAGGGCAUCGUGGCUGGUGAGCAAGACAAGCUUAACUCGGCUUUUUACUUGGGCUACAACAUGGUUCUCAAUCUGCAGCGUAUUGAGACCAUCUCGCCCGAGUUCAUGCUUGAGCGAUGUUUCUAUCAAUUCCAGAAUGCUGCCAGCGUUCCUGGGCUGGAGAAGGAGCUCAUCGCUCUGCAGCAGGAGCGGGACAACAUGGUGAUUCCUGACGAGAACACAGUCAAGGAAUACUACAACCUGCGGAAUCAGAUCGAGGACUACACCAAGGACAUGGUCGCAGUAAUACAGCACCCUAAUUACUGCACCGAGUUCCUUCAACCUGGCCGACUAGUACAAAUCAAAACGCCGAGCGGGGAGGAUUUCGACUGGGGCGUGAUCAUUAACUUCGUUUCUCGCCGGUCACCCAAAGCCGGCGAGCCACCACAUUUGCCUCAGGAGUCCAUUUUCAUUGAUGUCCUCCUGCGAUUGGACGGUGAGAGCAACGAUGUCAAGCGCAUCCAGCCUUCAAGCGGUGUAAUGCCGCCUGGGGUUCGUCCAUUUGUGGAGAGCAGAUCCAAGACCUGCAGGUACGAGGUUGUGCCAGUGCUUCUGAAUUGUGUCAAGGCUUUUGGGCAGAUCCGUUUGUUUGUGAAGGGCGACCUGAAGACGGAGCAGGAGAUGGGUCACUGCGGAAAGAACCUCGAAGAGGCCAAGCGACGAUUCCCUGAUGGAAUUCCUAUCCUCGACCCCAUUGAGAACAUGGGCAUCACCGAUGAGUCGUUCAAGAAGCUCAUGCGCAAGAUCGAGGUUCUUGAGUCCCGGCUGCUGUCGAAUCCUCUGCAUGGUUCCCCUCUCCUUCCCGAGCUCUGGGAGCAAUAUUCCAAGAAGGUCGCCCUGACCGACAAGAUCAAGGAGAAGAAGAAAGCAAUCGCCAAGGCACACAGCAUUGCUCAACUCGACGAGCUCAAGUCACGUAAGCGCGUUCUUCGCCGCUUGGGGUUCAUUAACGACGCCGAGGUGGUGCAGAUGAAGGCUCGUGUGGCGUGUGAGAUCUCGUCCACCGAGGGCCAUGAGUUGCUCCUCUCGGAGCUGCUGUUCAACCGCUUCUUCAACGAGCUGACGCCUGAAGUGUGCGCGUCGGUGCUUAGCGUCUUCAUCUUCGACGAGAAGGUGGAGACACAGGAGCUCAAGGAGGAGCUCAUGAAGCCGUAUCGCGAGAUCCAGCGCCAGGCCAGGGUGAUUGCCAAGGUCAGCCAGGAGAGCAAGCUCGAUGUGAACGAGGACGAGUAUGUCCAGAGCUUGAAGUGGCAGCUCAUGGAGACUGUCUACGCCUGGGCCCAGGGAAGGCCGUUUGCAGAAAUCUGCAAAAUGACAAACGCCUACGAGGGCUCACUCAUCCGCCUGUUCCGACGACUGGAGGAGUUACUGCGGCAGAUGGCCCAGGCCGGCAAGGUCAUGGGCAGCGAGGAGCUGAGCAAGAAGUUUGAAGAGUCCCUCAACAAGAUCAAGAGGGAUAUUGUGGCGGCCCAGAGCUUGUACCUGUGA